AUCAAAUUAUUUGAUCUUUUGAAAAUACCGUUACAUUUCCCUCCACACAUUUCUCCAUUGCCUUAUCCUUAGAGGUUCUCUCUGUGUUCGUUUCCCUCCAAACAGGAGAAAAUAUCAUCACAAAAAUUGCAACCCAUUAACCAAAAUAAUCUCCAUUUCAGACUGACACCUACACCUGAGAACACAGUUUCACGGUUCCAAUGGAUACCAAAUUGGCCUUCUCUUUUACUUCCCCUCGUGUCUCCUCUGCUCCUAUCCAGAAACCUUUCUUCUCUUUAUCUUCUUCUCCUUGUUCAUCUUGUACAAGGGUUCAGUCAUUUCAGCUCAAUGGAAGGCAUUUCUCUGUACGACGCAGAAUUUUUUUGCUUCCAGUCAAGGCUACUGCUGAUCAACAAGGUCAGGUCGAAGAAAAUGAGAUUGUUGAUAGUAAAAUUCUGCAAUAUUGUAGCAUAGACAAGAAAGACAAAAGGUCAAUAGGUGAAAUGGAGCAGGAGUUUCUUCAAGCAUUACAAGCAUUUUAUUAUGAGGGGAAAGCUAUAAUGUCGAAUGAGGAAUUUGAUAAUCUCAAGGAAGAACUAAUGUGGGAAGGAAGCAGUGUUGUUAUGCUAAGUUCUGAUGAGCAGAAGUUUUUGGAAGCCUCAAUGGCUUAUGUAUCUGGGAAUCCAAUUAUGAAUGAUGAAGAGUUUGAUAAUUUGAAGCUAAAAUUAAAGCAAGAAGGCAGUGAAAUCGUAGUUGAGGGUCCAAGAUGCAGUCUCCGUAGUAGAAAGGUUUACAGUGACUUAUCCGUUGACUAUUUAAAGAUGUUCUUGCUGAAUGUCCCUGCCACUGUUGUUGCACUAGGCUUGUUUUUCUUCUUGGAUGAUCUGACUGGAUUUGAAAUAUCAUAUCUCUUGGAGCUUCCAGAGCCAUUCAGCUUCAUUUUCACAUGGUUCGCUGCUGUGCCCCUCAUAGUUUGGUUAUCUCUAUCUUUUACAAAUGCAAUUGUAAAAGACUUUUUGAUAUUGAAGGGCCCCUGUCCCAACUGUGGCACCGAGAACCAGUCCUUCUUUGGAACCAUAUUGUCAGUUUCAAGCGGUGGUUCCACCAACAACGUCAAAUGCUCAAAUUGUGGAACAGAAAUGGUGUAUGAUUCCAAGACACGAUUGAUUACACUGCCAGAAGGAAGCAGUGCUUGAUUUGAGGAUCAAUCCAAUUUAUGGGGUCAUAGUAUACAACUGCUACUAACUCAUAAAGUUAGAAGAAAUGUCACCUUAUGCAUAAGUUUGGGUGACAGUUGUGGAGGGAAAGUAAAUUUGCAGAAGUCUACUUUGUAAUACUUUGUAAUAUGUCUCCAUGGUGUGUUAAUAUUGUAAUGUGUAAGUACACGCUUAAUACAUAGACCUAUUAGAGGCUUGCCAACUAGAAGAUGAGAUCAGAAUUGUAAUCA